AUGGCGCCGAUAGAGCUCACGGUGUUGGGCAUGAACAGCGGCACAUCCAUGGACGCGAUCGAUUGUGCGCUAUGCCUGUUCCGGCAGGAGACACCACACUCGCCGAUGCACUUCUCGCUGCUGAAGCACGACGAGGUGGCGAUGGACGGCGAGCUGAAGAAGCGGGUGCUGGGGAUCAUCAAGCACGACCGGACGUCGGCAUCGGAGCUGUCGGAGCUCAACGUGCGGCUGGGUGAAGCGUUUGCGGCGGCGGCGGCGACGUUCUGCCGCGAGCAGGGCAUCAAGCUCGAGGCGCUGGACGCGAUCGGGUCGCACGGGCAGACGAUCUGGCUGGACAGCAUGCCGGCGGCGGGAAUUCCACGAUCGGCCCUGACGAUGGCCGAAGGCAGCAUCCUAGCAGCACGAACGGGAGUGACGACGGUGACAGACUUCCGGGUGAGCGACCAGGCAGCAGGACGACAGGGAGCGCCGCUGAUAGCCUUUUUCGACGCAUUGCUACUGCACCACCCAGACAAGAUGCGGGCGUGCCAGAACAUUGGCGGCAUUGCCAACGUGUGCUUCAUCCCGCCCGAGGGACCGGACAGGGCGUACGACUUUGACACGGGCCCGGGCAACGCGCUGAUUGACGCAGUGGUGCGCCACUACACGGACGGGGCACAGGACUUUGACCGCGACGGCGAGAUGGGGCGCCGCGGCACGGUGCACCAGGACAUGGUCGACCGAUUUGUCGGCAAGGUGCCGUACUUUGCGUUGGAUCCGCCCAAGACGACAGGUCGCGAGGUGUUCCGCGACACGAUGGCCGACGAGCUGGUGCGCGAGGGCGCGGCGCGGGGGCUCUCGGCCGACGACGUCGUCGCCACGGUGACGCGCAUCACGGCAUGGGCGAUUGUUGACCACUGGCGACGGUAUGGACCGGAAGCCUCAGGCGGCCGCCCCGUCGACGAGGUUUUUCUGUGCGGCGGCGGCGCGCUCAACUCCAACAUCAUCGAUUACAUGCGCGAGCAGAUGCCGGAUGUGCGCGUGUUCAUGCUGGACGCAGCCGGGAUCCCGGGCGGGGCCAAGGAGGCGGUGACGUUUGCGUGGCAGGGCAUGGAGGCCAUCGUGGGCCGCAGCAUACCGGUGCCCGACCGCGUGGAGACGCGGGAGCCCUACAUUCUCGGAAAGAUCAGCCCGGGUAGGAAUUAUCGGCGGGUGAUGAGCAAGGGGAUGGCGUUUGGGAGCGGCCUAGACAGCCUGGAGCCAGUCAAGUCGAUGGUCAACUAUGUGGACGGCAAGGUGUUUGACAACAAGUGGAAGUAG